CCUCCUCCUCCUCCUCCUCUGCAGGUGACAUUGCAGCUCAGACCACCCUGCUCUGGUCUCUGUCUCGGUUCUGGUCUCUGGUCUCGGUUCUGAGGUUCUGCAGGCACCAGAUCCCGGGUUGAAGUUGUGCGUAAAAGUUGCGCCUCCCGUCAGUGACGCGUCGCGCCCUCCGUCAGCAGGAGGACUCCUCAGACUCGCUCCUGAGCUCGAGCUGGACGGAGACCCCCCACCUCCCGUCCUCCCACCUGAUCGGACCCGCGGGACAACAGAACCCCACCUGCGGGGGUCUCCUGGAAGGAUCUGGGUUUUUGGCGCGCUGUCUCUGCGGAUCGGGACCUGAUGAUGGAGGAAACCAUGUUCGUCUGCAACACGAGCGCCAUCAAGGACUGGAGCUACUUCCUGUCCCGGAUCCUGCCCCUGGUGAACCAGACCACGGGUCUGGUGGUCCUGGACAAGGCGCGGACCGUGACCCCCACCGUGGUGAGCUCCCUGCAGCCCGACGGCGCCGCGCUGAGCGCGAGCCCCCCGCCUCUGGACCCCAACCAGACGUCGGGCAUGGAGCAGAUCCUGCAGUUCUCUGAGGGGGACCUGCUGCUCCCGGACUACAGGAGCCCCGCGCGAGACCCCAUCCCGCUGCCCAGGGCAGUCCUGUACCUGGUCAUGGCGGCGCUGGUGGUCGUGGCCGUGGCGUACGCGAUAGUUGGACACCUGGUCAAAGAUGUUCUCAACGACUUUGUGGGUGGAGGCAGGUCGAUGGUGGCUGAAGGUGACGGCGGCGAGAGCAGCGAGCCAGACUGGACACUGAGCUCCCGCCGAGCCGCCAGCCACAACCACCCAGAGAUCAACUGCAUCACCAGCAACAUGACGGAGCUGGCCGAGAGGCCUCGGCUGCUGGAUACCAACCACGUCCAGCUGAACCACCACAGCUGCCUGGACCUGAGUGGACCGGAGGACACCGUGGUCACCGUGGACGAGACGCUGGUGCAGCCGGGUCCUCCCGACUCUCACCCCGGAACCUAAACUGGGACCUCAGGGUCCUCCCUGGGAGAAAUCUGGCAGCACGUGUUUACAGUGGAUUUCCACGUUUGUCCAGACAAAUGGAAGCUUCGUCCACUGCUGCAUGGCCUGCAGGUGUCACAGGUGUGGCACAGGUGUGGCACAGGUGUGGCACUGAGCCGGAGGGGAGAUGCUGAUGUUUGGAACAACUUUUCUGCUGAGAUCAGCUUCAUUUGGAUCAAUCAGAGUAAAAAAGUAACUUUAUUCUCUUUUUUUUUUUGAGCUUUUAAAAAAUAAAAUAAGCUUUAAUGAAAAAAAGACUUUCUCACAGAUAAAUACUGACACAAUCAUCCUGAAUAUCCUGCAGACAUGGGUCAGAGCUUCCUGUGACGCUGCUGCUGGAAACACAAACAUGCGCACCUGUUUGACCUUUGUUCACCUGUUUGACUUCUACUCACCUGUUUGAUAUCUGUUCACUUUUUUUUUUACCUCUGCUCACCUGUUUGACUUCUGCUCACCUGUUUGAACUCU